AUGUCCCAUCAAGCACGACAAGAUACAUUUUCGCGUCAGACUACUGGUGGUGUUGAUGAUUAUCGCCAAGUUGGCCUUUCUGGAGCGGCAAGGCGGACGCUGCAGAAUCGCUUGAGCCAAAGAAGAUGCCGGGAGAGAAAAAAGCAGCCAUUGGAUAAGUCAAGCGAUAAAUCAAAUCUGAAAUGGAUCAUAUACUCUGAAAGAAAGCUUGGCGUCCUUCAAGUUCAGACCAACAACGAAUGUCUUGAAAAUAUUCCAUUCGAGGAAGAUCUGCCAGCCUCGCUUGGAAUGGUGCAAUCCCAUUUAAAAACAAGCGGCGACGGCGUUCUACAUUUUUGUCGCUUAGGACCUUCUGAGCGGAACGCAGUAGUCGCUCGCCUGCGUGCUGAAUCCAUUGGUGGUGCAGCAAGUCAUCUCUUGAACCUGGACCUACUUCUUUCCGUGAAGCAGUACAAUAUUUUCACCGCGAUGAGCACGAAUGCUGCUUCCAUUGGUCUCUCAAUGGAAUCUUUACGUCACGACAUUCCUUCGCCGUUUAAUACCAGUUUGCCGUGGUCUUUGAACUUGAACUUACCACCAAGUCUCCGGCCUACCGAGCUACAAAAGCAGAAGGCGCACCACCCGUGGAUUGAUUUGUUUCCUAUUGCCUCUGUUAGGGACGCGCUUUUAAAGCACGAGGGGAAAUUUGACGAUGAAGAGCUUUGUCAUGACCUCUUCGGCUCCUGUGUAAAAGAUGAAGGGGAUGUUGGAAUAUUCAUUUGGGGGGGAGGCUUGGGACCCUCUUGCCUAUGA